UAUUCAUCGGAUACUCCACAUGUGGAUUUGGUAUUCGAUUGUUUUGGAGUACGAAAUUUUGUGAAGCUUCUUUAUGUGGUCGAUCAGAUAUCUACUAGCAGUUAAAAUCUUUGACAUUUCUAGGAAAGAAUGAUGAUGUUACACAAGGGAAUUCAUGUUUUUAAUGCUUUAAUUGACAAAUUCAAGCUUAGUAAAUGUUUGACUUAUCUGUUCUUCGAAGUAAUUUCAGUCCACUUUCCGAUUUUAAAAUUUAGUACUUUUUCAAAAUCUUACCAAAAUCAGUCGGUUGUACCUUACCAUAUAAAAAGGAAUCAAUCAUGCAAUAUCUGUCUUUUCUUCUUUAUAUCUAAAUACCCAUCAAGAAUGUUGAAUUUUAAAGCUAAAAACUAAUUUGAUUUUGACUCUAAAAAGUCAAAAUUCGAUUUGAGGGAGGAGUAUCAGUAAGAAUCACAUAUAUACAUUGCAAGCAACCCCAAAGAAAUUUUGAAGGCCUUAUGAUUUCAAUCAAAGCAAUAAAUUUCUUGAACUGAGGUUCAGAUGCAAUCAUGCAAAUAUGAAAGUUGACAAGUUGAAACAAGAUUCCGGCGGUGGUUUUCUCGAUUUAUUCGAUUGGAAUAUGAAAUCACGCAAGAAAUUCUACAAAACUCCUGAUUUAUCAGAACAAUCGAAGCAGAAAAGGAGUAGCGAUGUAAACAUAAAUAUACCCAUACCCAUUACGCAAUUUCAUCCGUCGAAGGAAUCGAACAAUCGAAGCAGAAAAGGUUGUUCGUCUUCACUAAUCGAUGAAGAUGAUUAUGGAAAAUCCCCCGGAGUAGUUGCUAGGCUUAUGGGAUUGGAUUCGCUUCCAAAUCCAACUUCAAGUUUCAACGACACACAAUCAAACCGAUUUUUUGAUUCCCGAUAUGUUAGAAAAAGAAUCGAACUUGAACAGAAAGAUUUCCACCAACAAAUUGAUCGAAAACAUAAAGUGAUCGAGAAGUUUCAAACCGAAAGUUUACCACGAAAAUCCGAUAAAUCGGUUCAUGUAACUCGACAAAAACUCUUAUCUCCGAUUAAAAGCUCCCGAUUCGGGUCAUCGGAUGACCCGAUUCGUAUAAUGCAAGUCGGGUCAAAAACACCAUCGAGAAAACCAUCGGAGUCGAAUGCUGCUAGGAGUUUAAAAGGGCAAUCAAUGAAUAAGAGUUGGGAUGGUUGUUUAGAGAGAAAACCGUUCAUGGAAGAUGGAAAGAAGUCGGUUUCUUUAGCUCUUCAGGCAAAGAUUAACGUUAAAACACGAGAAGGUUCGAGUACAUUAAGGAAAUCUUCUAGGAACAGUGUGCUGAAACAAAACAACCAGAAACAAAAUUGCUUGAAUGGAAGAGGAUUAGGAAAACCUAAUGCAAAAUCUCCGGUGACUUUGCCCAACUCACAGUGCCGGAAACCAGUUUCCGGGAAGAGCUCGAGUAAGAUUCCGGCGAAAUCUAUGAACAAAACUGUCAAUCAAAGGAAACGUGAUAAAAAUGAAGGAGAUGGAUAUGUGGUUAGAUCUAAUGGAUCGGAUGUCGUUUCUUUCACAUUCACUUCCCCAAUUUCACGCACUCCGGUAAGAUCUACAGAGAAAAAGAACACCUUUUUAGCUGAAAAUCAUGGUACCCUUUUGGACCAAAAACUAAGGGAAAUCAACAUAACUACAAUCUUCCAAGAUAAAAUCUAUAAAGACGAUUCCCGUUCAGGGUUCUCUUCAAAUAUCCCGUUGUUCAAAGAUCAAGAUCUUGUUGCAGUUUUCUCAAAGAAAUUCACAACAAUGGAGGUUGAAACUGAAUCAGAACCACGUUACGUGGAUAAUAUACUUUUCAAUAUCAAGUCCAUGUUUGAGGAUUUCAGUCUAGGAAGGACUCAAAAGAUUGUAAACCCACGUCUAUUUGAUAUACUGGAAGCCAAAAGACCGAUUCUUGGGAAGAAAAACGAGGCGAAGUUAAGGCGUAAACUUGUGUUUGACUGUGUGAGUGAGUGUGUUGACUUGAAAUGUAGAGUGUGGCUAAGAGGUUUAUUGGUGGUGAGAAGAAAAAAACGGUUAGCAAAAGAAGUGUGUAACAAGAUCUUGGGGUGGGAACGGAUGAAAGAUUGUAUGGUGGAUGAGCUUGUAGACAAGGAUAUGAGCAGUGAUGAGCAUAAAAAAUGGCUUGAUUUUGAUGUUGAAGCGUUUGAAGUUGGAGUGGAAAUCGAGAGGCGAUUACUCGAUUCUUUAAUCAAUGAAGUUGUUGCUGAUAUUUUGGUACUAUAGUUACGAUUAAAAUGCAUAGAAUUUUGUGGAUUUGGUUGUAUGUUUAUGGUUUUUUCUUGCAAAUAUCGUUUCUUUAUACAGUUUUUGGGAAUAAUUUGGGUUC